CCAGCACCGAGUCGUCGUUCUCGCUCGCUCACACGGUUGCGAAUGGCGAAUGCGCGGUUGACUGGCCCCUUCUGCUUCGUAUAUCCAUCCACUUCCACACUCUCCCUGCCCCUCUCGCUCGCGGCCGCGUCGCCGGCAGAUAUGCUAAUCUCUCCGGGGCUCGCUGCACCGCCACCGUCUCAACCGUCCCAUUACCUCACCGCAGCCGGCCUCGGCGGCCGCGGCCUAGGCAGCGCCAUCCAACCGACCGCCACCACGUCGACGACUCUCCACUACCGUUCUCGUAGCCGCCCGCUACUCCACUCAGCGCCUGCUGACGCCGCUGCUAUCACACGUAACGCCCCGGCGAGAGACACUGGGUGCCGCCUCGACCGCGACGACCUCCGCAGAAUCUGCAAAGAACCCGACCUGGAGGGCGCAGUUAACCUGCUCGACGAAAUGCUCCAGCAGAGAGGCCGCACCGGCGCGUCGGGCCAACUUGCGCCGGAAGAGCAGGCCGCGGUCCUCCAAUGCUACACCGACCCGCUCUCCCUGGCCUCUCUCAGACGAGGCCACCGCCUGCUCUCCAAAUCGAUGUCCCAGUCCCAGCAUUCCGGGAUCGCCACACCCAUCCUGCUCCGUCUCGCCGCGCUGUACUGCAAGCUCGGCGCCCCCGGCGACGCGCACCGCGUCCUCGAGAGACCGCCACGGCCUCCGCUGCCACCGGUCAAUGACGACGGGGCGCAGGCGAAGCGCAAGGAAGCCUACGAGAAGGUGCGGGAGCUGCACGAGGAGAUACGGGCGGUCGGGUACGUCCCGGACACCCGCUUCGUGCUGCACGACAUCGACGAGGGCGCCAAGGAGCGCGCGCUCAUGUACCACAGCGAGCGCCUGGCCAUCGCGUUCGGGCUGGUGAGCACGCCGCCUGGCACGCCGCUGCGGGUCAUGAAGAACCUCCGCAUCUGCGGGGACUGCCACAACGCCGUCAAGCUCAUCGCCAAGGUGACUGGCCGCGAGAUCAUCGUCAGGGACAACAAGCGGUUCCACCAUUUCAAGGACGGCGCCUGCUCCUGCGGGGAUUACUGGUGAGGCAUCUUCAGUUUUCGCCAAAACUGCCAUUGUUGACAUCAGUUCCUGUCUUUAGUAUAGUUCAGUGUCUCGAGCCUUCUGUAAAUUUUAGCAAAGGCUUGCAUGGCCUUGUGUAAGAGAACAGUGAUGCACUUUGUUUAGCCAACAUGUGACCUGAUGCAGUAGCCAACAAGAUGAUAUUGGACAA